GGGGCGCGGCCGUGUGUUUAGUGAGGCUCGCUUUUACUCAAAGCUGAGCGCACGUGAGAGCGUGCGUGGAUACUUUCACUAAUCGGAUACAUCUGUUUCUGGUGUUUUUGUUCAUCAGUUUGUCGGUUGAGAGUCUGUGAGAGAUUUAGUUAUGUAUUUCUCUUUAAAAAGUUUUCGUCAUGGAAUCUAAUGAGAAGGUGAGAUCGAUUAAUCCACACGCAUGUUUUCUUUAUGAUGAUUGGACAAAAAGACACUGGGGUUUUCGUCUGCUGUCCGGCUAAAGUCCUGUCGGGUUGUUUUCAUGGCUGCUUUGAUUUUCGCUUUGCUGUUUUUCAUCAUCCAUUCGCCCGUGGUCAGCCCGCGGGUCAUCGGCCAUGAGCCGCCCAGCACACGGCGGCUGCCCGACAUCAUCGUUAUCGGGGUGAGGAAAGGUGGGACGCGCGCGCUGAUUGAGAUGUUGAGUCUCCACGGAGCUGUAGUCUCCGCACGGAAUGAAGUUCACUUCUUCGACCGGGACAGCAACUACCGCCUCGGUCCAGACUGGUACCGUUCUCAGAUGCCGUUAGCCCGGCCGGGUCAGCUGACGGUGGAGAAGACCCCCGCUUACUUCACCUCCGUAAAAGUUCCCGAGCGCGUCGUGCGCACGAAGCCGGACGUCAAACUGCUGCUGAUCGUGCGCGACCCGACGACUCGCCUGCUCUCCGACUACACGCAGAUUUUCCACAACCAGCUGAAGAAACGCAAACGUCCGCAGUCACUCGAGGCUUUGCUCAUGCGCGAUGGAGACUUGAACCUGAGCUACACGGCACUGAACCGUAGCCUGUACCACGUGCAUAUGGAGCGCUGGCUUACUGUGUUUCCAGCUGACAGCAUCCACCUGGUGGAUGGGGACGCCCUGAUCAAAAACCCAUUGCUAGAGAUGAAGAAGGUGGAGAAGUUCCUUAAGCUCGAGCCUCAGAUAAAAGCCUCCAAUUUUUAUUUCAACGCGACUCGCGGGUUUUACUGCCUGCGUACCGCCGGGAAGGAGCGAUGUCUGCACGACUCGAAGGGGCGCCAACACCCACAGAUGGCUCCGGCCAUCCUGCAAAAACUUCACGAGUAUUUCCGUGAUCCCAACAGGAGGUUCUUUGAUCUCGUUGGACGCACUUUUGACUGGAAGUAAGGGAUUUACUAAUUUGUGAGAGAAAACCACCAAAGACGGCGACAAGAAUGAAUUCAUGAACGGUGCUAAAGGAAAAUGAUACUCCAAAAUAACAGAACUAAAAUAAGAACUGUCAAUGGCAAAAAGCAUUUACUAGCCAAUUUACUUCAGUAAUUUACCAUAUUGUCAAAUGUAUAACAUAAUAUAAAAAUUUUGUUUUCAAUAAAAAAACAUACAUAGCAGA